GUACCCUAUCAACCAAAGGUACAACGCGGCCGCGCACUUUUUCUUUAGCAUCACAUCCUUUACUGUGAAUUCAGGUAUGGAUAUAUCUACGUUGGUUUUUAUUUAUAUGUUUUAAAUAAUCUCUUUGGGAACGGCGCGACUUUCCGGUGAUAUACAAUGGACCCGCGCCGGGGUGUUGGGAUGAGUGACAGGGACAACUGUCAUGCCAAGUGAGGGGUCUUCUGGUGGGACCAGCCGACUAACGCCUGACCUGGGGGGUUGAGGGUGAGGCGGUACAGUGAGGGGGGCGCGCAUAGCUCCAAACAUUGAGGGUGACCGACCAACUCCUCCCUGCCGUCGAUCGACUGCGAUUCGGUUUCUUCAAAGCUGAAAAGUGGGCAUAGUAUGGGAGCGCUAUGUUGUCCAGGAAAGGACUCCUUCCAGAGGACUAUUUACUGACGCGCCUGUCCGAAGAAGUCCAGCAGCCCAGCAGCAAGUUCAAGGCGAGCCAGAGGAAGGCUCGGUUCGUCGCCAAGAACGGAACUUGUAAUGUGGCCCACACGAACAUCCGCGAGCAGGGCCGCUUCCUUCAGGACGUUUUCACCACCCUCGUGGAUUUAAAAUGGGUCCACACACUGAUCAUCUUCACCAUGUCGUACCUUUGCAGUUGGCUGCUUUUUGGGAUGAUCUGGUGGCUCAUUGCCUUCGCGCACGGCGAUUUGGAUGACACAGGGGACGAGUUUAUCCCGUGCGUAACGGGCAUCCAGUCGUUCUCCUCGGCAUUCCUCCUCUCCAUAGAAAUCCAAGUCACCAUCGGUUUUGGUGGUCGGAUGGUCACAGAAGAAUGCGUGUCCGCCAUAAUUAUUCUCAUCGUCCAAAACAUCGUCGGGCUGGUGAUCAACGCCAUCAUGCUGGGUUGCAUCUUCAUGAAAACCGCGCAGGCCAAUCGGCGCGCCGAAACCCUGAUUUUCAGUAAACACGCGGUCAUCUCCAUCCGAAACAGCAAGCUGUGCUUCAUGGUCCGCAUCGGGGACCUGAGGAAAAGCAUGAUCAUCAGCGCCACCGUGCGCAUGCAGGUGGUCAAGAAGACGAGCACGAGUGAGGGCGAGGUGGUGCCUCUGGACCAGAUCGACAUCCACUUGGACAACCCAAUCGGCACGAACGGCCUCUUUCUGGUGUCCCCACUCAUCAUAUGCCACGUGAUCGAGAAAGAGAGUCCUCUAUACCAGGUGUCGGCGUCGGAUCUGCAGCACGACGACAUCGAGGUGAUCGUGGUGCUCGAGGGAGUGGUGGAGACGACGGGCAUCACCACGCAGGCGCGGACGUCGUACGUGUCGGAGGAGAUCCUGUGGGGGCAGCGUUUCGUGCCCACAGUCUCCGAGGAAGAGGGCAUGUACGCGGUGGACUACUCCAAAUUCGGCCACACCGUGCGGGUGCCGACGCCGUGCUGCAGCGCAAAGACCUUCGACGAGACUGGAGGCAUUGCGCAUUUUAAGACGAAGGAGGGCACCACCUCGAGGGCGGCGGUGAGAAAGCGGAAGCUUCUUGGCGCAGUACACAAACAGCAGAGCUUCAUCAUCAGUUAGCAACAGCUACAUUUAAAGGUGACAUAUUAUGCCACCAGGUGUGAGUGUGAUUUGCCGUUACACGCCGUUUUGAAAAUCGGCCUCUGCUGACAUGGCGUGUCCACCUAGAUGUGUGCUGGAUAGAUCCAUGGACCAAUUAAAGAGGGAUAGAUCAGUCUACAAGCCUACCCAGUGGACUGUAGCCAACGUUUCUGAUCUAUCCACCAUACACCUAGGUCGACCCGCCCACUUGUGUUGUCAGAAGAGGCAGAUUUUCAAAACGGCUUGUAAGGUUAAUCACGCUCACACCUGUUGUAUAAUACCGGUGUACCCUUUAAAGGUGUUUGGUAAAAAUUCUAUGCAUUGGAAUUUUAAUUUCAAGAAAGACUGAAAUGUACCUGGUUCUUCUGUACUUACUACUUGUAAAGAAUACACAAAGCAUGCAAACGAAUAGCACAAGAUGAUCCAAAUAUAACUACUACAAAGCCCAUUGGCUUGAUGCUGAAUUAAAGCAUGACUUUCUCUUUCUGCAUGGCAUUAUUAGCCUGCAUAGAAUGCUGUGGACUAUGAGAUGCGGCAGAUUCCAAUUGACAAUUCUACAAUGUGUAUGUUGUAAGGAAUGCGUAUCAAAGUGUUAACAUAACUGCCUCAAAUAAAGUCUAAUAUAUAUAAAAUGCCA